UUCACUGAAAUGAAUUUUCCAGAAGGGCAGCGGCAGAAGCUGGUUAAUUAUGAGACCUUCGAAGCUCCCGGCUGCACAGGCCCGCAGCUCUCCGGAGAAGUGCGGCGUGUGGCUGGACACAGCCGACCUGCGCCGGAGGAAGCCGGUGCGAUCGCCCCGUCCCAUCUCUAUGCUGCUGAACCCCCUGUCCCGGUACAGCAGCUACAGUGUCUCUGUGGCUCUGAGCUUCACACAGACGAAAACCCAAUUUCCUGCCACCAGACAGAGCUCCAUCACCUCAUUCCUGUCUCCACAGCACCACGUUGAGGAAGCUCCCAGCCCGGGUCCUGAUCAGAGGAGCGCCACACCCCCCCUGGCGACGGGGAGGAAGAGGAAGCGUGUGGGUGAGGCCAGCAGGGGGGGCGGAGACGGUGAGACACGCCCACUCCCUGAGGACAGCAGUGUGAGAGGGUGCUGCUCACCCCCCCGUCCCCUGAGCUGUCAGUCAGAGGAGUGGGAGGAGCCAGUAGGGAAGCGCAGAGCUGGCAGAGGCUGGAUGCCAGAGAGCGAGUCUCUGCGCUGGAGUUUCACCCAGGACUCUGAGGGGAACCGCGUCCUGGCCCACCGAGACCUGCAGCCCACGUUCAGCCAGGGAAGGCAGGGAAAGGAGAACCAGCAGCCUCAGCAGAGACCGCCCCGCAGCCCCCUGUCCCAGAGACCGCCCCGCAGCCCCCUGUCCCAGAGACCGCCCCGCAGCCCCCUGUCCCAGAGACCGCCCCGCAGCCCCCUGUCCCAGAGACCGCCCCGCAGCCCCCUGUCCCAGAGACCGCCCCGCAGCCCCCUGUCCCAGUGCCCCCUGCAGGCAGAGGCUGACAGCCAUGCCCUGCUGUUCACACAGGACUCCCAGGGCCAGCAGGUGAUCGCCCACCGCACCCCCCUGCAGGACCACAGCAACUGGGCCAGCAGCAGCAGGGCCGGCUGGACCGUACCAUCUGUGGCCGUGCUAGAGGGGGGGGACUCUGACUCAGAGCUGGGGAGAGACGUGCUGUUCACACAGGACUCUGAGGGGAACAUGGUCAUCAAGCACUGACCCGCAGACCGUCUGUGUGAACCCGAACCCAUCUCGUUGGCUGCUAACACUGCAGUUCAUCAGGACUGUGAGGAGCCAUUUCAGAUCAGCCUGCUGUGCUGCGGUUUUAAAUGUGGAUCUGAUUAAAGGUUUCACACAUGCUGAAAUAGCCCUGCUGGAGCAGUUCAUUUGGAAUGUCCAGGGAGAAUCCUAAUCUUACACUAAUGGCGAAUGCGGGGAAUUUGAUGGAGAGGAAUAUGACUUUUUACAUGUGUGUGUUUUAUUUUGAAACUGCUUCCUUUGCCACAGAACAACCACAACUGCUAUUUCCAAAAAAAUAAUAAAUUUGGUGAUUUAAAUUCAGAAAUUUAAACUCAAUAAAUUUGGCAAAGUGUCAUGUUUCAGGUGAAAGGGGGAGGUAGACAGUUUAGUAUGCAGUGAUGUCAGAAAUGGAAGUGUUAUUGCCUACUGUAACUUCCACGGCUUCAACGAGGCAAGGCCCCUCUCUGCCGGGCAGGUAAACCCUACACAACCUCGGCACUCAGUCACACAUCCUCAGAGGGCUUUGGUUGCUGUGCAAGUCCUCUGAUGCCCAAGUUAACUCAAAAA